AGAUGCAACAAAGAAACAGAUGCUAGAUUGGGGAACAAGAGUCAGAAUAAUUGAUGGAAUUGCCCAAGGAAUUCUUUAUCUUCAUCAGUAUUCCAGGUUCAGGAUCAUUCACCGAGAUUUAAAAGCUAGCAACAUAUUGUUGGACAGCCAUAUGAAUCCCAAAAUAUCAGAUUUUGGAUUGGCAAAAAUAUUUGGUGAUAAUGAGCUUCAAGCAAAUACAAACCGAAUAGUUGGAACAUAUGGUUAUAUGGCUCCUGAAUAUGCUAUGGAAGGACUCUUCUCAGUAAAAUCGGACGUGUUUAGUUUUGGGGUCCUUUUGUUGGAGAUUGUAAGUGGCAAGAAGAAUACUGGCUUUUAUCAAACGAAUUCCUUCAAUCUUCUUGGAUAUGCUUGGGAUCUUUGGACAAGAAAUUCAGGACUGGAUCUAAUGGACAAUGCAUUAGAUGACAGUGAUACUUUAAGUAAUAACAGUCUGCAUACUGUGCCAAGGUAUGUGAACAUAGGACUUCUUUGCGUUCAAGAAAGUCCAAAAGAUAGGCCAACCAUGUCUGAUGUUGUAUCAAUGAUUGGAAAUGACACUGUGCUCCUUCCUUCUCCUAAACCACCUGCAUUUCUAAAGGUAAGAGGUGAUUAUAGUUCAACAUUGCCCUCAACAUUUUCAGUUAAUGUUAUCACAAAUACAACUCUGGAAGCAAGAUGAGUGACUAUAAAAUCCUCCUCCUUGUUCUUGGAUUAGACAACAGCUCUUUUCUAUUGAAAGUUUUCUGUAUCAAUUUCUACUUCCCUUAUAUAUUAACAACGGAAUC